AUGGGAAAUCAGCUCCCCCUUGAAUUGUUAUCUGAGAUAGCUGCAUAUUUAAAAGAAGCCCAUGAGCCACUUGCGCAGUACACCACCGUGUGCCGCCAAUGGCAGGCCGCCUUUGAGCCACACAUUUACAGGCAGAUCUGUGUCCACAGUGAUGGCCUCCAGGGUCAGAGUAUCCUUUCUCUCUCCAAAUUUCAUAUCAUCACAUCAGGAACAGGUAUUGGGCGACUCUCUAUGAUUCAGGAGCUAGAGUACCGUAUUAUUUUGCCCUAUCAACUGGACGAUUAUUGCGCAAGCAUAACAGAAGAUAGGGCAUAUCGCAAGGAGAAUCCUAUCAGGCAUGCCAAUGACGAGGCUUUUAGGAGAGGUAUUACUGAAUUAUUUACCAUCCUAGCCUCCUGGAGUGACACUCAUCGCCUUUCUCUCGUACUUGCCGCACUGGGUCGCCAGAAAGAGUUGGAACCAGGCACCAGAAAGCAUGCUGACGCCGGAACAUUCCGUGGACUCCAUAGGGGGGAUGAGUGGGCUGUCCGGCCUUACCGUGCUUGGUUCCCAGAUGGCAGUGCAUCCGCACUGCCGGUUGCUUCAUGCGUUGGCAAGCUUUGUUUUCCUAACGCGGGGCUGGACCCCUGGCAUAUGAUCUGGAGUGGAACGGCACUACAGAUCGCGCAGCGUUGCCCAACCCUGACUUGGCUGCAUUUAGGUCUAGAUGAAUAUGUUCGACCAGAUCAUUUGGACUACAUCCGAGACCGGCGCCAAGCCGUGGCUGAGGAACUUUGUAACUUGCCGGCAAGUUUGAGAGUUCUUCACUAUUUCAACCAACUCGAGAAGCCAUGGCAAAAUACUCUUCCCGCCCUCAAUGUUCUGUCAGACAAAAUAGACACAUUCCCAUUGCAUGUGCGGUCCCUAAGUCUCCAUCUCCGAGAACUGAAGAUGUCCCACGUGGCCAUCACCUCCGAUUUCUUCUGGCCACUGGAUAAGCAGGGCAAACCAACAGGCUGUGGAGCAUCACUGCAUUGGCUCUAUCUCGAAACAAUCGAGUUUGAUGAAAUACCAGAGUACCUUCCCUCAGGGGAAUGGCUCUUCGACCCUGACGAUUAUAAGAAGACCGAAGUGCCCAAUCUCGAGGCUCCAGAUUGGGAAGACAUUCGACUUAUUGAGGAAUCGCCAUACGACCGCACGCUGAUGAACUUUGAGCACUUCCAUCGUGUCUUUAUUGCCAUGGGCUAUGCGGCACAGCAUAUGCCACUAUUAAAGACGAUCAGACUCUUAGUUCUUGCUGACGAACAGUCUACCUUUGAGUUCUCUACCGAUCAGUUCAGUGGGAGGAGGACGGUAACUUGGGCAUCGGCUACAGGUUAUAAACCCGAUGAGCGAGUUGCGCAAGCUUGGGGUUUCGAUCCGGAUGACAUUGAUUUUAUUGACCACUGGGAAGGCAGGGAUGUGGAAACAAAUGUGAUAUUUCACAGCUGGCCGCCUGAAGAUCGGACGGACAAGUCCUGA